AUGGGUGACCGAACGGACAUCGAGAAACUGCAGGAAAUGGUGAAGCUACUGAUGGAUGAGAGAGAUGCGGAAAGGGCGGCCCGAGAGGCUCUGGAAAAGAAGAAUCAGGAGAUACAACCCGUGAUGAACAUGUUCAAUCAUGGGAAUAUGAUUACCUUUCCCGAAGGACCUCGUAUUGACGCUAAUAAUUUCGAGUUACGCAUGCCCCUUAUUCAAAGGGUCGAGCAAACUCCUUUUGCAGGUAGGGCUACAGAGGAUGCUAACCGCCAUCUCUCCAAAUUUGUGGAGAUCGCAAACACUCUCAAACUGAACGGUGUCGACGACGAUGCCAUAAGGGUAAGACUCUUCCCCUUUUCAUUAACUGAUUCUGCUAAAGAGUGGUUUGAAUGUAUGCCCAGAGAAAAGGUCUCCACAUGGAAAGACAUUGUAGCUGCCUUCCUCGAUAAGUAUUAUCCGCCGGGAAUAAUUUUGAAGCUCAAAAGCGAGAUCUUCCAAUUCAUCCAAGGCCAGGACGAACCCCUCUAUGAGGCGUUUGCUCGUUUCAAAGCCCUUCUCCGAAAGUGCCCUAACCAUGGUUUCACCGUGGACCACCAGGUAGGGAUUCUCUAUAAUGGGUUUAACGAGAAAAUUUGUGCUAUGCUUGAUUCAGGUGCAAAUGGAGGGUUCUUAAGGAAGUCAGGUGAGGAAGCCAUGGCAGUGAUAGAGGAAUUCGCCACCAACAGCAGGGGGUGGUCGAAAGAAAGGCAUAGCCUAAAAAGGAUAGCUGCAGUUGAAGAAGCCGAGGAAAGCUCCUUUGCAAAGGAAUUGGCCGAGCUUCGAGUUAGGGUGGACCAAAUGGAUUCAUCAAGGAAGGAGGACCCGAUUCCACCAACCUCCAUUAUUGCAGUCUCUAAGCCUGAAACUCCUACCCCGACAGUGGAAGAAAUCAACUACAUGCAAGGAGGCGGCCCCAAUAGAAAUUACAACAACAACUAUCGCCCUAACCAGGGGGGCGGUAAUUUCAAUAAUUAUAAUGGAAACCGACCUCACCCUAAUCUCUAUUAUUCUAACAAUAAUUACUUGCAACCCCCCGCAGGAUUUAAUGUUAGCAAGGGAGGAGUAGUUGAGACACUCAAGAAGGAGGAAAAGUAUGAACAAGGGAUCACAAGGAUCUUGGAGGUAAUCGCGCAAGACAGGAAGGUUAAUGACACCAAGAUCGGAGUGGUUGAAGCUAGGAUAAACAACCUCGAGCAGGGAAUGAACACGAUCUCAACAGCCAUAGCCAACAUCAACACACAAAUGGAGCAAAUUCAAAAGAAAGUGGAUGAGGAUAGGGCAAAGGCAGCCGCACUAGUGGACGACGUCAACAAAAAGUGGGUGGCAAAGAAGAAAACUGGGGACUGCCAAGACGCCGGCGGACCGCUGGACUCUACGUGGCGGGCCGCCACCGAGAAGGCAGAAGCGCCCGCCCAGCAGGGACUCGUGCGGCACAAUGGGAUUGUGCUACCUUUCCAGCCAAAGAGGAAGUUUAAGCUCGAAGAGCAGUUCAAACAUUUUUUGAACAUGUUUUGUAAAGUUCAUACUAACAUUCCUCUAGUUGAAUCGCUGUAG